AUGCGAAGGGGUCGAACGGUGGUGGCGGCACUUCCUGACGUUUGUCGUCGCCCCGCGUGCGGCGUACAACGGCAGCUUUCAUGCUGCGCAUUUGCCACGGCCACAAUGAUGCCGAUGUUAAGAGGCACAACAGCAGUGGCUGCUCUUUACACGCCUGUGAAUCAUCAAACUCGCCGCCUGCACGUGUCGAGUCUUCUUCGCACCACCGCAGAGAGCCCGGCGGUGCCGGGGACGAACAGCAGCAGCGCGGGCAACGCAUCUGCCGACAGCGGUGUGACAGCGCUUGAUGUAGCCAUGCGUGUCAACAAGCUGAAGCGGCUGCACCAGACAGGCGGUGGCCCGGACGGGAAAAAACGCAUUGAGUUAGACGCAUGGAGCGAACUGAACAGCCUCACGGAGGAACAAAUUAACUCCGCCGAGGGAAAGGCCGUCUCGCUGCUGCUCAACUCAUGGGCGUACUUUGCGAAGUACUGGGACAAGGGCAAGGACGGGCCGCUGGGCAUGGCGGCCCCUUCCGCCGCUGGGGACUCGUCUUCGUCAGAAGCCGCCGCCUCCAGGGAGACACCACGAGACGGUUAG